AUGUCUGGAAAAUCCAGAUUCUUUCAGAUUCUACCAAUUGUGUUUGUUGGGCUUUGCCAGACCAUAACAGUUGCAAAUGGCUUCAAUCCAAGUGCCGAAGGGGAAAACAUCCGAUGCAGAGAUAAGGAGAGACAAGCUCUCCUGACGUUCAAGCAAAGCCUUGUUGAUAAUUCUGGUCGACUCUCGUCUUGGGGAAGCGAAAAUGGUAAAAAAGAUUGUUGUCUGUGGCGAGGUGUUCGUUGUAGCCACAGAACAGGCCAUGUAGUCAUGCUUGAUCUUCAUCAUCCUCUGACCUUUGAUGAUGAAUUUGAUGGCUUUGUAAAUAGUAGUCUGAGAGGUAAGAUUAAUCCUUCACUGCUUGAACUGAGGUAUUUAAGAUAUUUAGACCUUACUUACAAUGAUUUUGGAGGAACUCAGUUUCCGAAUAUCAAUGGCUCACUAAGCAAGUUAAGACACCUCGAUCUUCAUGAUACUGGGUUAAGUUUCACAACCCUGAAUCAGAUUCUGAAUCUUUCUUCUUUAAGAUAUCUUGACCUCAGUUCGAACAACCUUAAUGGUGCCAAGGAUUGGCCUCAACUGCUCAUCAAGCUUCCAUACCUAGAACACUUACGGUUGGCCGGCUGUAGCCUUCCAAUAAUCUCGUCUCCACCUUCCCUGACUAACUCUACUUCAUCCCGAAUUUCCAUUGAUCUCUCUUUAAACUAUCUUACUUCUUCCAUGUACCCUUUGUUGUUCAAUAUUACCAGCAAGAUUGUUGAUCUUACCCUUCAAAGUACCUUGUUAGAAGGCUCAAUUCCAGACUUUUUCAGGAACUUGGUUUCACUUGAACAUCUUGAUCUGUCCGAUAAUGAACUUGGAGCUGGCUUGUCUGGGUGCAUACAGAAUUCAUUGGAGAUUCUGAGCCUGCCUUGGAAUCGCUUUCAAAAUUCAUUCAGUUUGUCUUAUGUAACAGGAUUUUCUUCACUAAGAGAACUCGAUCUCUCUGGUAAUAGAUUAAAUGGCUCUUUUCCAACAAGUUUCAAACAACCUUCCAAGCUUACUUCUCUAUCUCUCUCGGACAACCAGCUUACAGGUCCUUUACCUGAUCUCACCCAGUUUUCAUCAUUGAAAUAUUUAGAUAUUGGCCAUAAUCGAUUCAAUGGAACAGUGACUGAAAGUCUAGGAUGCCUGCCUGAACUCGAGCAUCUGGAUGCUUCUUGGAAUUCUUUGGAAGGUGCGAUAUCCGAAGAGCAUUUUGAAAAUCUCUCCAAAUUACAUACACUUGACCUAUCCUUUAAUCUUUUAACUUUCAAUGUCAGCUCCGGUUGGAUUCCUCCUUUUCAGUUGAAUCAAAUUCAUCUAUCAUUUUGCAAUUUGGGGCCUCACUUCCCAAAAUGGCUUCAUACUCAAAGAAGUUUUCAGGAUCUUGAUAUCUCCGGUGCUGGAAUUUCAGGUACUAUCCCUGAUUGGUUUUGGGACCUGCCCACUUACUUGAUUUUCUUAAAUCUUUCCCAUAACCAGAUGACUGGUAUGCUAUCAGACUUAUCACCAGUCAAGCUUCUUACAUUUAUUGGAAUAGAUUUAAGUUCAAACCUGUUUGAGGGUCCAUUGCCAGUCUUUCCUUAUAAUGUGACCAAAUUAAUUCUUGCUAAAAAUAGAUUUUCGGGAUCAGUUUCUCCAUUGUGUAAGAAUACAGCUGGGGUAUUGAGAUCUCUUGAUCUUUCUGAUAACUCAUUGGACGGAGUGCUUCCUGAUUGCUUUUUCCACUGGCAAGACAUCGUAGUUUUGAAUUUAGCUAAUAAUAACUUCUCUGGGGUUAUUCCAACUGCUGUGGGAUCUCUGUUGUCACUUGAAACAAUUAAAUUGCACGGUAAUAGCUUCUCUGGAGGCUUACCUUCUUCUUUGAAGAAUUGCAGUAGAUUGAAAUUUGUGGACCUUAGCGAGAAUAUGUUUUCUGGAAGUGUACCAGCCUGGGUAGGAGAAAACCUGUCAUCUUUGAUAUUUUUGAGUCUACAAGGUAAUGAAUUCAAUGGGAGGAUACCUUCCAAUUUAUGCCAAUUAGCAAAUAUACGGAUUCUGGACCUCUCUCAAAACUUUCUCUCUGGAGCAAUACCAUCGUGUCUUGAUAAUUUGACAGCCAUGGUUCAAAAAGGAGACUCAAAUGAUAUCACGGAGGACAUUUAUGUGUCUUCCAUGCAAGCUUAUAUUUUCUUUGGAGGCCACUAUAUUGAAAAGGCAAUGGUUAGAUGGAAAGGAAAAGAGUAUGAGUACGAAAGAAGUCUUGGGCUGUUUAGGAUCAUUGAUCUUGCAGGCAACAAAUUAGUUGGAGAAAUUCCUGAUGAGAUAACAAGACUUGCUGAAUUGGUUGUUUUGAACUUAUCAGGGAACAAUUUGGUUGGGUCUAUCCCUGAAAAAAUUGGUCAGUUGAAACAACUAGAAUCACUUGAUUUGUCAACAAAUCAAUUGUCAGGGCAAAUCCCAACCAGCAUGGCUGAUCUAAGUUUUUUGAGUUACUUGAACUUGUCAUAUAAUAACUUAUCAGGAAAAAUUCCACCUGGUACUCAACUCCUGACCUUUGGUGCUUCAGCCUUUGUUGGUAAUCAAGCACUGUGUGGCCUUCCAAUUUCACAGCAGUGCCCAAGAAAUGACACGCUUCAGGAUCAACCACCCGAUGAUGGUCACACCGAAGAUGGAGAUGAAUUUAGUAAAUGGUUUUAUGCUGGAAUGGGAAUCGGAUUCUUUACAGCGUUUUGGGGAGUUUUUGGAUCUUUACUAUUAAAGACUUCUUGGAGGCAUGCAUAUUUUCGGCUCUUGGAUGACUGGAAGGACUCACUCUAUGUGACAUUCAUAUUGUGGUGGGCAAGAUUAGAGAGGAAGUUUAAGAGUUAGAGGAUGCUAAGUUCGUCUAUAAAGGUAAGCAAAUUUAUGCAUGUUGUAUUGACUUUAAUUGAACCACUCAAAUAAGAUCUCAAUGGUGGAUGAGAUUGAAGAACUUGUUUUAAUUUCAAACAGAAACUACUUCGUUGUAUUUAAGUUUAAUGGUCAAAGUAAGAAUGCUUUUGAAAUUCAAAUACUUGAUGAUUACUGGUUCAAGAAGCUCAAAAUUACGUCAGUUUAAAAGUUUUAGUCAGAUAUACCUAUAACAAGUAAGAACUAAGAA